GCGGCUCAGAGAGAAGAGAUCGGAGGCUGCUGAAGGACUUUAGGGUGAAAAACAGAGAAAAAGAUCGAGCUGCACACGCCUGGAGGCUGCACGGAUACGGAGAAGAACAAUCAAAAUGAACCUGGACGUGUCUCACCCUCUGCUGCUGUGUGCCAUCUGUCUGCUCGUCCUGCCGGCGUCCUCCACCUCCCUCCUGGAGUCAGAUGAUUCAAAGCUCCUCCAGGUGACCAUCCCGGCCUCCCCUCCUGUGAUCGCUGUGCUUGGUGGCUCUCUAACGUUACCCUGCCUUGUUUCCCUGGCUCACCCGCCGCCAUCGCCCUCCACAAUCGGUCGCCACCGCGUGCUAUCUCUGCCUCGAGUCAAAUGGAGCGUCCUGACUCACGGUAAAGAGACGGAGAUCCUGGUUGCCCGUGGGGACAGGGUCAGGGUCAGUGAGGCCUACAAAGAGCGAGCCUCGCUACUCAACUACGCCUACUCCCCCGCUGACCUUACCCUGCGGUUGGAGAGCCUGAGGCACAACGACACCGGAUUCUACCGCUGCGAGGUGCAGCAGGGGCUGGAGGAUGCCGAUGAUGUGGUUCAGGUCAAAAUCAAAGGUGUGGUCUUCCACUAUCGUGAUGCUUCCAGUCGAUAUGCCUUCACCUUCGAGCGGGCCAAAGAGGCUUGUGAGGAGAUCGGGGCUGAAAUCGCCACUCCAGAGCAACUUUUAGCCGCCUAUCACAGCGGGUACGAGCAGUGUGAUGCCGGCUGGCUCUCAGACCACUCAGUGAGAUAUCCCAUCCAGAUGCCCAGAGAGGGCUGCUUUGGGGACAUGGAUGGCAUGCCAGGAGUGAGGAAUUAUGGGCUGCUAGAGCCGGAUGAGCUAUAUGAUGUCUACUGCUAUGUGGAGAAUAUAGAAGGUGAGGUGUUCCAUGGCUCCGCCCCCCAGCGUUUCACCUUCUGGGAGGCUAAAGCAUACUGCCUGAGUCACGGGGCCGAGCUGGCCACCACAGCUCAGCUGUACGCGGCCUGGAACGACGGGCUGAACCUCUGCAGCCCGGGCUGGCUGGCAGACGGCAGCGUGCGCUACCCCAUAGUCACCCCAAGAGAGCGCUGUGGAGGAGGGGCACCAGGGGUCAGGACGGUCUAUCGCUACAGCAACCAGACGGGCUUCCUGGAGGAGAACAGUCGACAUGACGUCUACUGCUUCAGAGGCGACAGUAGCGCUUACACAGAAUCCCCUCAGGAGUUUCUUGUCACCGAGCCAGAGGACAUCGGCCAGGACGUUUUCUUAACUAAUCAUGCGGGGGAGGAGUUCAGCCUGAACGAGGGGACAGAGAAGGGGGGCGAAGACGUCCAACACGCUCAGACAGUCAGUCCUCUAAAGCAGGGCCCUCUGGAGGCUCAGCCUGUUACUCUUGGUUAUGAAGAGAAACAGACGCUGACGGUGGACCUUCAUCGGUCUGUCACUCCUACGGCCGAGCACCAGGAGGAGGUCAUAGAGAAGGCAAGCUAUCCUGAAUCUUAUCAGCCAGCGCCUGAAGAAAUCACAGACACGGAUCAUGCCGAGGUCCAUGAACUCACAACAAUCCCACCAUCAGCUGAUGGUGAAACGACUCUCCAUGAAGAUGCCACCUUACCUUCUACUGAUGCAACGACCACAGAGGAUGGAGGCAUCACAGAGCAUCAUACUUCCAUGACUGAGAGCCUGGAUAAUACAACAUCUGAUCCCUACGAACACCACGACAGCUCGACUGUGGUCCCCCAAGACGGAGAUCUUCCUGUUCUCCAAGAAGACCACACCCCAGACGUCCACCUGGCCCAUGACAUGGAGAACGCCACCUCUCAGGAUGUUUCUGUGCAGACAGAAGAGACUUCAGCUGGUACCAGUGAGGAGGUAUCGGUGCUGACUACACCACCACACACUGAUGAAACAGACGGACACUUCUCCACAACACUGGUACCUUUUGACAACAGUACACCCGAGAAUCAUCCAACAGAAGACGAGUCCACCGAGGAGACAACAAGUCCAGCUGUGGAUGAAGAGACACAUGGUACUGUGACUCAAAGUUUGGUGGGUUUGGACACGUCAGCCACCGCUGAACUAGAUCAUAUGACUGAUUCAGGUUUUGGUCCCACACAAGAGCACACAGAUGUCACCACACACUCAUCUGUCCCCAUCUAUCAUGGUGAAGAUGAUUUCAACAUCACUUCAGAGGAAGCAGCAGCUGAUAAUUCAACCGAGCAGAGUCUAAAUCCUGCAGAGAUCCUAACAGAGGUCCUCACAGUCACAUACGACUCAGACUCGUCUGAUCCGGUCACAUUAUUGACCUCUUCUGUUCCUGUAACACUCUCCCCGCCUGCUGUGGAGGUUGAAGCCAGCUCCCCAGAGAUUUUAACCUUCAUAAGUAAUUGUUCAUCUGGAGCCGACCCGCUGGAGGACAUGCAGGACAAACUUGAUCAGGAUGGAUUGGGAGAAAACCCAGAAAUACUUCUCUGCACGUCCCAAAAUAACACAGACACCAACCAGGAAGAGAGAGAGAGAGAACAAGGAGUCAGAGAGGGAUCAGGGGAAUCAUCCGGAGAGGACCAAGAGGUUACACCAAACCCGACACUCUCAAUAGGAGCUGAGGGUGAUGACGGAGCGGACUCUUCUCCUGAAUCAGAGGUCAAAAUCACCCUGAUCCCUCACCCGACACUCACACCUGGCUGGGAACCAGAGACAUCCACGUCCACGCUGCAGGAGUCUCGCUCAGAUCGGGAAUACAGCGCAGAGCCGCCUGUCAAUCUGGAAUCUGAUGAUGCAUCCAAGGAGCAUGAUGGCGAGGGUGAGGGCACGACCAGCAGCAACCAUGAUCAUGUCUCAGAGGGUGGGGAUGGAGAGACCAGCACAGACGAGCCUCCUGCUAAAGUCUGCACGUGGCGUCCGGAUGAGGAGGAAACCAUCAGUCAGACGCUGAGCGCUGAUGUUCCAGACACCGAUCCCACCAUGAACCCUGAGUAUUCUCACAGAGAACAGACGGCCAUGGCUGCCUCUCGGCCUGAUGUUAAAGUGUCAGCUGCCAAACAAGGAAGCUCUGCAGACUCGUGUCUGGAGAACCCGUGUUUAAACGGAGGAACAUGUGUCGACGGAGAAUCGCGGAGCUGUGUUUGCCUCUCCGGUUAUGUAGGAGACUUCUGUGAGACAGACCUAGAGGUCUGUGAACCCGGCUGGGAGAAGUUUCAGGGUUUCUGUUAUCAUCACUUCACCAUGAGGCAGAGCUGGGAGGCAGCGGAGCAGCACUGUCGCAUGUGUGGAGGACAUCUUCUCUCCGUUAUGACCCCUGAGGAGCAGGACUACAUCAACGAAAAAUAUAAAGAGUACCAGUGGAUCGGACUGAACGACAGAACCAUCGAGGGAGACUUCCGCUGGUCAGACGGGAACCCUCUGCUCUAUGAGAACUGGUACAGAGGCCAGCCCGACAGCUACUUCUUAUCUGGCGAGGACUGUGCCGUCAUGGUGUGGCACGACGGCGGACGCUGGAGCGACGUUCCCUGUAACUAUCACCUCUCCUACACCUGCAAGAAGGGCAUGUCCUCCUGUGGUGAACCCCCCACUGUUCCCAAUGCUAAAGUGUUUGGAAAGAAGCGGUCCCGCUAUGAGACCAACACUAAGGUGCGGUACUACUGUGAGGACGGUUUCAUCCAGAAACUGAAGCCUGUGAUCACCUGCCUGCCUGGCGGCCAAUGGGAAGAGCCUCUGAUUACCUGCAUGCCGACUCAUUCAGUGGAAGACAGCUCGGUUACUCCUCUUCCUGACCAGCAGGGGGCGGCGGUGGAGGCUGCAGAGGUGAUGGAAGCCAUGAGCCCGACCACAGAGAAAGCAGCUCCUCUUUUCUGGGAAAUUAAGUUUUAGUUAGUUGAUCUAAAUAUGAUUUUUAUUGUUGGACUUUGACAAGCUUUAGGUGAAUUUGGUACGGAAGCCCAGAGAGGUGAGGGAAAAAUCCAUUAAUCCUUUAUUCUUUUGUUUUUUUAUGAUUUAAAAGCAGGCAAAUAAAAUAAGCCAUUACAACCAUCCUUAGUUCUGAUAGUUUUUAAAUAUUUCUGACUUUUAAUCCAGCUUGUAAAGCAGACAUUCUAACCAGGCAAUUUGCAAAACUGUCUUUAGCAAAGUACAUUUACAUCCCGUUCAGUUAAACAGCCGCUGCAGUGCACAGGUGUCUGAAAGUUCACCAUCAGGUGAGGAGAUGUUGAUUGCCAGUGAUUAUCUGCAGCUGGGACGCCUAACGAGCUGCAGGCGUGACCGUCCACGAGUGAUGGAGCUGAAUUGAAACUUGAGUGGGCGUGGCUAAAGUUUUACCCAUUUUUACUCCUCAAAUUUUCCUGUGCAGCAGAAGAAACAGCAGCUGUGGACGCAGGUCUUAAUCACUCUGCCAGCACGUCUUUUUGACCAUAAAUGCUUUAAGUGUGAGCUAGUCUGAAGUUACAGGGUGUUAUGAAAUAACCAUUUAGAAAGAAUGAAGGAUUUUUUUGGUCAUUUGUCUCCCUGGGCAGAAAAACAACCACUAACGUUGCUCUAAAUAUCCUUGGAGUUGUAUCGCACACACAGAAUCGGAGCAUCAUUAAAAUACUACAGUUUAAUUCCACAUCCACUUUCAUUGUUGGAUUUAAAAUCAUCCUGACUGGAUAUAAAAACAGUCCAGUUUGUUACAGACAAGUCGUAAGAUCGUCAUCUGCUUUUAAGAGGACAUUUUCAUGUGAAAUAGGCAAUAACAGAUCUGAAAUCUCCUGCAGAUUAACCCUAAACCGUCUCAGUUCUUUGGAGAGAUUCAUUCAUCAACAUCAACACCAGAAAACUCAGAUAAAUAAGAGUCUUAUCUGUUGAAUAAACCAAAUUAAAUGCAGGCUAAACCAGUACUUUAGGUAGAAUAUUGUUUUAAGGAUAAAGGAUGAUGUUCCAGCAAUAAUCUGGAGUUUUAAGGCAGUGGUUCUCAACUGGUGGGUAGGGACCCAAAGAUGGGUCCUGACAGUAAAGUAAAAAGUGUCUAUGAAAUGCUUUUAAAAUGCUUUUUUUUUAAAUGUAUUUUGAACCUCCUGAGGUCCAGCCUGCACAGUUUUUCAUUCAUUUAAAGCCACAGUGAUUCAGUAAAGACCCUGUAAAAUGAAAAUAAAUCUGUAUUUGUGUUUUUAGUAUGAUAGAUCACUGGGUUAUCAACCUCCAGGUCAAAUUUCAGUCAAAUAAACCAUCUCUAAGUUUAUAAAAUUAAGCUUCAAAAUCUUGA